GCACUAUGAAUAAUUUCAGAGCCACCGACCAUCACACCCCUGUGUAGAAGUCGACUGGUCCUGCACAGACGUCACGAGAUCCACAAAAUGGCGAGUCAGACCACCGGCAUCCAGCAGCUACUCGCGGCAGAAAAACGCGCCGCAGAGAAGGUUGCAGAGGCCCGAAAACGUAAAAACCGCCGUUUGAAGCAGGCGAAGGAGGAGGCGCAGGCUGAGAUAGAGACAUACCGACAGGAGAGAGAGAGGCAGUUUCUGGAACAUCAGGAAAAGCACAUGGGUUCCAGAACAGACAUUGUGCGCCGCAUGGACGAGCAAACGUUGCAGAAGAUGGACGAACUGAACCAGAACGUCUCUCAGAACAAGGAUGAAGUGAUGGCGCGAAUCUUGGAGCUGGUUUAUGACAUAAGACCUGAGCUUCACCAAAAUCUCAAAGUUAACUAGGCCCUAGGACAUAAGACAUAGUGCAAAAUAUUCCAAAAGAAGCUAGAAAUAUAAUCUCCACCACUCAAGAAGUGAAUGAAAUUGAAAAAAGUUGCAGUCAUAGCUUUAGUUGUCAUUGGAUAUAGAUUUAACUUAUGAUAUAUGUGGUUACACGUAUUAUCGUACUUGGAGUAGGGUGAAAUUUGAAUGUCAGUAAUUUGUCAAAUUGUGAAUUAUGUGACUUCUGUGUUAACAAUAUAUAGAUCCUGCUGCAUGAUUGUAACUUUGUCAAAACAUGUUAUAAAUAUUUGUCUCCAUGUUAGCCUAGUAACUGAAAACAGUAUUCCUCUAUGCAUAAGAACUAGUACUGUUUUUUGUUUAUUACAUACCAUAAGUAUAAGUCGUAUGUACUUGCUAUGUAACACUAGUUUUUGAUAUUCUGAUGGGGACCUUUAAUUGCUGCAUUUACCUGUACUUGUCAAAUGGCACUAGCCUCACAGCUAGCAAUAUUUUGAUUUACCCAAUUUCAAAAGAUUUGAUAUUGGCACUACAGGAAGCCUACCUAUUGAUACAUAGGUAGGCUUCAUAUAGUGGAUCUAAAAAAA